UUAUAAUCCACAACCAUGAAGAUUUGUAUUGUCUUGUUCGGUCUCCUUGCUCUGGCUUUAGCCGAAGAAAAAUAUACUUCCAAAUGGGACAACAUCGACCUAGACCAGAUUUUGAAGAACGACAGAUUAUUGAAUAACUAUAUCGACUGCGUUUUGGAAAAAGGAUCUUGUACCCCCGAUGGAAGUGAACUUAAAAGGGUUUUGCCGGACGCUCUUGAAAACGAUUGUGCCAAAUGCAGCGAGAAACAAAGAGAGGGGAGUAAGAAGGUCAUUCGCUAUUUAAUUCAGCACAAACGUCAAGCAUGGAUAGAACUGGAAGCAAAAUUCGAUAAAAAUGGUCUUUACAGGAAGAGACACGAAGCUGAACUUAAAGAAGCAGGACUAUAAAAUUAUAUUAUGAUAUAAUCUUGAAUAAUACAUAUAAUCUUGAAACUUUAA